AUGUCCCGCCGGAAACAGGCUAAACCGAGAGCACUCAAGCAUGAAGGCGACGAAGAGACUGCUGGUGAAGGUAUGACUAGUGCGGGCCUGCAAAAUAAUGGUACAGGUAAAAGCACGGUUGCCGAUGUGAAAAGUGACAGUAUGCUGGAGGAUAUUACCGAUGACGAUGAUGGCGAGGGUGAUGAGCCAGAUUUGGAGGAAUCAAGUGACGAUGAACUGGAGCUAGAGGUGAAGCAAAAUGUUGUGACCGAAGACAUCAUGCCGUGCAUGGAUGGGAAAGGUGGAAUGUGCGAAUUGGAAGUGAGUCCGUCUCGUGUUGAUCCUGCUGUGACACCUACUACAGAAGUGACGGUGGAUGAACUGAAUGCAAAAAGCAAUCACAUUGUGAAACAUUGCCCAACAGCGGCGGAGAGUGCUGACGAGCGGAAAGAUGUUGAAUCGGAUCAAAAUCAACUACCGGUCGAUAAUUCAUCCGUACAGUUAGGUGAUCGUGCGGAACGUCGGGUGGAAAUGGAUGGUGUGGAAGAUAAGAAUGAUGAUGAAAAUGAAGAAAUCGACGAUGAAGUUGACGAUAACGAUGAUGAUGAGGAUGAUGAUGACGAUGAAUUAGACAACGAAUUGCUUGAAGAUGACGAUGACGAGGAAGGCGAUCAUGUUCGGCUUGACGGCGAUGGUCAGGAUGUUGAUGACGAGUUCACAUCCGACAGCUUUUGCUCAGAGCUCUACUCGUCCCACACAUCAUCCAGCUUUUCGCCCUCGAUUUCGGACGGGAUGACAACGCCUAACUCGAUCACAAACGAUACGACCGAUGGUUCGAUGCUUGCACUGGGAGCGACCGAGGAGAAACCCUUCCGGCAGGGUAGUAACCACCCGCCGGCACAUCACAUCCAUCCCCGGCACCAUCAUCACGUGCACCAUCGACGAACGGGGACGGCCGGUGGGCAUCCGUCAUCGGCGAAGGAGGGCGGCAAGGCGUCCUUGAAGCAUCAGCUGAAUAAUAAUAAUAGCAGCAGUCACAAUCACAACAACAGCAACAACAACAACAAUGGCAGUAACAGCAAGGGCCUGAAUAGCACCUACCACUGUCAGUUCUGUGAGAAGACGUUCCCGCGGCUCGGCUAUCUCAAGAAGCACGAACAGAGCCACACGGAACACAUGCCAUUCAAAUGCGAAUACUGCGCCCGACUGUUCAAGCACAAACGUUCGCGCGAUCGUCACACGAAGCUCCAUACGGGCGAUCGACGCUAUCGUUGCCUGCAUUGUGAAGCCGCAUUCUCCCGCAGUGAUCAUCUGAAGAUCCACAUGAAGACGCACGACAACCAGAAACCGUUCCAAUGUACGAUCUGCAAUCGGGGCUACAAUACGGCGGCCGCCCUGACCAGUCACAUGCAGAACCACAAGAAACAGCUUGCCCUCACCGGAAGUCCCAACCUCACGUAUAGUCCGCGCUCGACGACAAGCUCUCUGUCCAGUGGGGGAGGUGGAAGUGGUGGUGGUGGUAAGCGGGGAGCAAAGUUCUCACCCUAUGCUAACGAUCCAUUGCUGUUGAUGAGCCGUGGUAGUUCCAAACUAUCGUCCACACUCGCGAAAGCCUCAUCCGGGAAUGUCUCCAGCAAUCGUACCCCAACGCCGGGCAGUACUGGUGCGGGAAGUGCUUCAGGUGGACCGGCAAGCGGAAGUGCUCAUGCGGAUCUAUUGUCCUGUCCAUACUGCACACGAACGGAUUUCAGCACACUGGAACAGCUCGGACAUCACGUACAGUCAAUGCACGGCCACGGAGCAUUGGGACUGUUAGGUGCUGCGGACUCACCAUUGCCGUACUUCGCACAGGGCAAUCGGCGCGCUGUAACACCGGAUGGCAAUUCACUAUCCCUCGCCGGACUCGGUCCCUAUCCUCCCAUCACGUGCGAGUUCUGUACGAUGAAGUUCCCAACCGUACCGCUAAUGUUUGCUCACCUGAAGACAUCGCAUCUGGACCGUCUGGCUGGUGGGGCAGGUUUUCAACGUAGCUCUCCGAACGGCACUACCGGCAGUCCGUUGGGAGGAUCACGCCCACCGAGUGGGUUCCAUCCACUAGAACAAUUGCACUUCAACAAGAACCUGCUCGGGAAUGCUUUCCCCGCACUCUACGGUGGCAUGGGCGCUGGUUCGUCGACCAAUAUCGCCGGUAUGUCCGGUGGCAGUAUUAAAACGGAACACCGCUCAACGGCUAGUGCGAACGGGCGGGAUGAAAAUGGCAACGAACGGAGUGAGAUGGGACGUAAGCGCAAACGGAAAGGACAUGAUGCGGACAGGGAAAGUAAUAAUGGUAGUAGUGGCCGUAAAAAAGAAAAGCAACAAGAGAAUGUUGAAGCUGAUGAUAAUGACGGUGACGAUGGUGAUGAUGCAGAUGAUGAUGAGGAACAUGUCGAAGAAAACGAAGGUAACAUUAAUCGGGGAAGCCCAGUUGACGCGAAAGAACCGCUCAAUAGUCACGAUACGGAAGCCGCAAACAUUAAACAGGAAAGCAAGGAUGAUACGGAUCCAACAAUUCCUGAAGCCGCAUCGCCAUCCACCUCCACAAGGUCGUCCCCUUGUGAUUCUCUCGGUUCGAUUGUGCAUUCCAGCAGUCACCCGCCGUCCGGGCGCAACAGCCCCGCGGAACAGCUCACACCGACCGAUCUCAGCCAGCCGAAGAUGAAACGAUUGAAGCUGGAGACACUGCUGGAGGAUGAAGAGGUGCCGGAACCCGACAGAAAGCCGAUGGCUACCGCCGGUCGGUCCUACACGCGGGAACAUCACAAACAGCGUCGCCGCGAAGGUGACCCAAAAGAGCCACAUCCAUCCGCACAGCAUCAGCACAUUUCCGUUCCGCAGCUGCACCCGUCGGGCGCUGGUUCGAAUGCGGCACCUUCCCAGUCUGCUUCCGGCUCUAGCGCAGCGCAUCACCUCCAUCAGCUUCCUGGAACUUAUCUUUGCAAUCAGUGUAAUGCCGCGUUGCCCGAUUUCGAAUCUUUCCGCACCCAUUUGAAGGCACACCUCGAACAGAGUGCGGCUAAUGCAGCGGCUGCUGCGGCGAUGAGACUGACCGGUGAGCACAGCACCGGUCUAGGCGGGGCCACCACCUCCGCCACAUCCGGUGCAGCCGGUGGAUCGCUCUCGCUGACCACGUUUCUCUGCCAGCAGUGUGGAGCAACGUUGAGCUGUCAGGCUGAGUAUGAGCAGCAUACGAUCGGCCAUUUCCUGGUGAUGGCGGUAGAGUAUCGAUGUCAGGCGGCGGCGGCUGGUGCAUCUGCAGGGAGUUCCUGUACCGGAAAGUCAUCCUUCGGCAAGGUGGAAGAUCUACACAAACAUCUCUACGAGGGUCAUAUGCAGCUGCUGUACAAGUGUACCGUUUGUGGAGAAACGUUCGAGUCGAAGGUCCAGGUGCAGGUACACUUUGCCGUCAGUCAUUCGGUGGAGGUGAAGCUGUACCGAUGUUCGGCCUGUGCAGAAGUAUUUCGUUCGGAACGCGAUUUUCGGCAACACAUUCGGAACCGGCAUUUAACUGCGGGUGCGGUGCAAUGUAUGUUCUGCCGCAUGGUUUGUUCGUCCGAGCUCGAAAUGCACUUCCAUCUCGCAUCACACGCCAGGAAGUUUAAAUGUCCAGCCUGCCCCGAAUCGUUCCACGUCGAGUUUCUAUUAGACCGUCACAUUCAGACACAGCAUAGUCAGAAGGAAGCGGACUCACCGAAUCGCAGAGAAUCUAGUGCACUAUCCACAACGCCAUCUACCGCACCAUCCGCUACUACCAAUCCUUCGUUAACGGCCUCAACGGCAGCGGGAACUUCGGUGUCCACAACGGCCACAUCAGCUGUGGCAGGAUUAGACUACCUACAUCUGCAUGGUCAGAUGGCGGCAAUGGCAGCGGCCGCCGCAUGGCCCAGUCUGUACCAGACCGCCAACAAGUUCUACAGCAAUCCGCUUCAGGUGGACACACUGAACCAACUAAAACAUCCACAGCAUCUGCUGCACGGAUUCUACGACACGAUGCUCGGAAAGGCACACCAACAGCAGCAGCAGCAACGUUCGUCCUUUCUGCCCGAUCCCCCAACCGGAUCUGGGACCGCAAUCGGUGGCAAGAAGAAUCCUUUCGCCGGUCACUCGCCCAACACCAGCGCCACUAACCCACUGCUAGGACUUGGGUAUGGGGCAACAUCAUCAACAAGUACCGCAGCAUCACAACCGCCAAGAACUGCUGGAUCUCAUACGCUUAAUGGUGCUUCUACCGGACUCUAUUCCCCCGAGGAGGGGGCCAGUGCUGGAACGAAUGUCGCGGCGGGCAGCUCUAAGCUAUAUUCUCCCAUUGCCAUGAUUCAACGGUAUGGCGAUGGUGGAGGUUUACAUUCUACCGGUGCAACAGGUAGCACAACCCGACCGGGUGUAGAAUCACCAACCGGUCAACUACUGCUGGCAUCACACACCACGCUCGGACUGCCGGAUCAUCAUCAUAGCGAACAGACGGGACGAAAAACGAACCAACAACCGAGCGGAAAGCCAUCUGCGACGUUGGCAGCUUCCGGAAGCACGGUACACACCACACCACAAAUGGCCACUUCCGGUGCGGGAAGCUGUUACAGCUGCGGUAUCUGUGAGCGUUCCGAUUUCAGCACGGAAAGCGAAGUGCAGACACAUCGCAAAAUUGUCCACAACUUAAAGACGGGCGUUAGUUUGCGAUGCGCGUACUGCAAUGGUGACUUCCGCUCGAGGAAUGAGCUGGAAAAUCAUAUGAAGGUCGCACACAACACGGGCGGUGGCAAGCACAAGUGUUUGAUCUGUGACGAAAUCUUUCCCUCGCCGGCGGUCCUAGCUGAGCAUAAGCUGUCGCACUGUAAGGUGGGUGCGUCCGGGCGCUGUUCACACUGCAGUCUCCCAUUGCCCGAUGCACACACCUUCAAGCAGCAUCUGCAGGCACAUCAGCAAUCGAUGGGUGCACCGGUGACGGGCGGCACAUCGUCGAAUGCCGCAGCCGGAGGUGCCGGAGUACAGAGUGCGGGUAGUUCCUCCAGUGGUCAAAACGUUGGCAGUUCCGCAUCUUCGACAGGUGGCAAUGCAAACGCAUCGGGGGGUUCGAAUGCAGAGCAGGAACGAUUCCCUCAACAGUGUAUCUGCUGUCGGCAAACGCUCAACUCCGAGUUUGAGAUUAGUCUACAUGCGAAAUUCCACACCAAAUCUCCGGACACUAACGAGCGUACGUGUGCACUAUGCCUGGAACCGCUGCCAUCACAACCCGAAUCCAGUACCAAAAUUUGUGAUCCUUGCCUAAAACGUCACAACUUCCCUUCGAAGCUUCUCUCGAUGAACUUCCUUAAGCCUAGCGCAUCCACGUCCCUUGGUCCUGCUCCAACCAUCGCAGGUCCUACGCAUAGUAUGGUGGGCCCAUCGAACGCUCCUAUCGAAGGCCGUACACCGUCCGCCAGUGGCAUCCAGCACGAACAGCAUCCAACGCCUGGAAGAGAGAGUGCAUCCUCCGCACUGUACCAGUGUAAUCUCUGCAAGAAACCGCUCCCUUCGAGCCACAAGCUCCAGGAACAUCUGAUCGAUCACACAUUCGCUGGCUGUGAAGAACGGGGUUAUGUGUGCUACCUUUGCUCUGCCGUCUUCACCUCCUCCGCAGGCUUGCAGGCUCACCUGCCGGUGGCACAUUCAAACGCGGCCGCCAAACCGUACGACUGCGAACGGUGUGGAGUGGCGUACUUCUUCCGUGCCGAACUAGAGCAUCACCUGAUCGACCAUGAGCUGGGCAGGACGAUGAGAUCGGCCACUGGUUCAUUUGAGCGUUCGUCCACGGUGCGAGCGGGAGAAGAUGAGUGGCGUUCCGCACAAAAUUCACCAGUGUCGGAAGAUGAUGGCCUGAGGGAGUCACAGAACGAUCACAUCAAGCAGGAACUUUGCGAACCCGAGCAGGAUCAGGAUGGAUCGUCGCCGUAUCGUCAUAAGGGGAAUGAUUCUGAGGAGGAAACUGAAGAACCCACUGGCAACGAAGAAGACGAAGGGGAUGGUGUAGUGAAUGCGGAACCAGAAAUAGAAGAGGAGGACGAGGAGGUGGAUCGUAUAGAGGAUAAUGAUGAUGGUCAGCAGAUACAGCAGAAUGCAGGUGAAAAUGUCUACCAAGAGAACGAUGUUCUUGAGGAUGUGGUAGGCGCUGAAGAAUCUAACGAUGCAACCAAUGAAGGUGAACUGAUGGAGGAGAAUGAUCAGCGGCAGGAGCAAGAAGAUGACGAAGAGUACAUUGAGGUUGAUGAACACACGAUGACGCUGGAAGAUGGUGGUGGCAAAGCAACGCAUAACGAGCGUGUUCGCCGAACAUCGAACAUGUUGCUCAACGGUGGCAAGGAUUGUGUUACGCUCCCUGCUACGACCACUCCGACCCUGCCUGUUGUUACUGCGGCGGAGUAG